AUGUUUAAACUUAGUAAUCCUUUUAAUUAUUUAAAUGAUUUUAAUUAUGCAAAUUCUUAUCCUGAGGCUUUUUGGGAUGAAGUUGCAAAAAAGAAUGUUUUUUGGGAUAAAAUGUAUGAUAAAGUUUAUAGUGGUGAUGAAAUGUAUCCAGAUUGGUUUAAAGGUGGUGAAUUAAAUACAUGUUAUAAUGUUUUAGAUAUUCAAGUUCAAAAUCCAUUAAAAAGAGAUCAAGACGCUUUAAUUUAUGAAUGUCCAUAUUUAAAGAAAACUAUAAAAUUAACAUAUUAUCAAUUAUAUGAAAAAGUAUGUGAAUUUUCAAGAGUACUUUUAAAUUUAAAUAUUUCAAAAAAUGAUAAUGUUUUAAUUUAUAUGGCAAAUACUUUAGAACCAUUAAUUGCAAUGUUAUCAUGUGCUCGUAUUGGUGCAACUCAUUGUGUAUUAUUCGAUGGUUAUUCAGUUAAAAGUUUAAUAGAUAGAAUUGAAACAAUUACACCAAAAUUAAUAAUUACAACAAACUAUGGUAUUUUUAAUGAUGAAAUUAUUACAUUUACACCAAAUUUAAAAGAUGCAAUUGAAUUAUCAACUUUUAAACCAAGUAAUGUAAUUACUUUAUUUAGAAAUGAUAUUACAAGCGAAUCAGAUUUAAAGAAAGUAAAAGAUAUACCAACGAUACCAAAUACAUUAAGUUGGUAUGAUGAAAUUAAAAAAUUCAAGGAAAAUAAUCAAUCACCAUUUUAUGAAUAUGUUCCAGUAGAAUCAAGUCAUCCACUAUAUAUUAUUUAUUCAAGUGGUACAACUGGUAAUGCUAAAGCAGUUGUAAGAAGUAAUGGUCCAAAUUUAGUUUGUAUGAAUUACUUUGACAGAUAUAUUUCAGAAAAAUAUGAAUGUACAACAUUAUUGACAACUUCAAGUGUCGGAUGGGUAUCAUUUCAUGGUUUCCUAUAUGGUAUGUUGUCAUUUGGAUCUACAUUUGUAAUGUAUGAAGGUGGUAUUAUUAAAAACAAACAUAUUGAAGUUGACUUUUGGAAUACCAUUGAAAAACAUAAAGCGACACAUACAUUAUCAUUGGCAAACACUAUUAGAUACUUUAUUAAAACUGAUCCUGAAGGAACAAUUAUACGUUCAAAGUAUGAUUUAUCAAAUUUAAAAGAAAUAUGGGUCGGAGGUGAAGUAAUUGAAGAAUCAAUCCCAGAAUACAUUGAAAAAAAGUUAAAAAUAAAACCAACAAGGGGAUAUGGUCAAACUGAAAUUGGUAUAGCUUAUUUAUAUUGUUUUGAUCAUAUUAAUAUCCCAUACUACGCAACUGGUUUACCAUCAAUUUUCAUUAGACCAUCAAUAUUUUCAGACGAUGGUAAAGAAUUAGGUGUUAACGAAAUUGGUGAAAUCGCAUUUAAAUUACCAAUGCCACCAAGUUUUGCAACUACAUUAUAUAAAAAUGAUGAAAAGUUUAAACAAUUAUUUUCAAAAUUUCCAGGUUACUACAAUCCUGGUGAUUUAGGUUUUAAAGAUGAAAAUGGAUUCUAUACAAUUGUUUCAAGAUCAGAUGAUCAAAUUAAAAUCAGUGGUAAUAAAGUUCAAUUAAAUACAAUUGAAACAUCAAUACUAAAACAUCCAUUAGUUUUAGAAUGUUGUUCAAUUGGUAUUAACGAUCCAACUUGUUAUAGUGUACCAAUAGCCUUAUUGGUUUUAAAACAACUACAACAACAAGAUCAAUCAAUUCAACAAAUUGAUUUAAAUAAAUUACAAAAUGAAAUAAAUUAUAUAAUUAAACAAGAUAUUGAAUCAUUAGCGGUCUUAAGAAAAAUUGUAAUCGUUAAUCAAUUACCAAAAACAAAAACUGGUAAAAUUCCAAGACCAAUUAUAUCAAAGUUUUUAAAUGACUCGAAUUUUCAAUUACCUGAUAAUGUCAAUAACGUUGAAAUAUUUUAUGAAAUCAAAGAAUUAUAUAUGAAAAAUUAA